CGCUUUCCCUCAUAUCUCCUGUCCUCCUCCCCUGGCCCGUGAAGCCUUGCGGGCCGGCCAGCCAUGGCUGCUCAACGCUCGUCAACUUAACCAAAUCCCCAGGGCUGGCCUCAGCGUCUAGUCGCCGCAGUCGUCCUUUAUCGCAGCCGACUGGUGGCAGCCCGACUGGCCAAGAUGCAGCUGAGCAGUCGUGCCAAGCACUUGCUGCACUGCUGCCUCUGCGUGGGACUAAUACUGGUCUUCGAGGUGUUCACGGGAGGCAUCCACCUCUGGAAGUUCAGCUACGACGAUCUGGAUCCCGUGGAGCAGUAUGGCUGGCCCUUGACAAUCGUGCUGUACCUGAUGCGGUUACUGACGGUGUUAGCGCUGCCCCAGUGCAUUUGCAACUGCUUAGGCUUGCUGCUGUACAACGCUUUUCCAGAGAAAGUGCGCCUCAAAGGUUCGCCCCUGCUGGCACCCUUCAUCUGCAUACGCGUUGUUACGCGGGGCGACUACCCAGACCUCGUGCGGACCAACGUAGCGCGGAACAUUGAAACCUGUGCUGAAGUUGGUUUGGAGAACUUCAUCGUGGAAAUCGUCACAGACAAGCCCCUCGGACUGGCCAAACACCCCCGCAUUCGUGAAGUGGUGGUGCCGUCCUCCUACCGGCCCAAGAGUGGUGCCCUGUUCAAGGCACGGGCCCUGCAGUACUGCCUCGAAGACGACGUAAGCAUCCUGGGUGAUGACGACUGGAUUGUGCACUUAGACGAGGAGACCCUAAUGACAGAGGACUCUGUACGAGGUAUCCUCAACUUUGCCCUGGAUGGCAAGCAUGCCUUUGGUCAAGGCCUCAUCACGUAUGCCAAUGAACGCGUGGUCAACUGGGUUACUACCCUUGCCGACAGCUUCCGUGUAGCUGACGACAUGGGUAAGCUGCGCUUCCAGUUCUGGGCCUUCCACAGGCCCCUGUUUAGCUGGAAAGGCUCAUACGUUGUGACACGGGCUGGUGCCGAGCGCAAGGUGUCUUUUGACCACGGCCCGGAUGGCUCCAUUGCUGAGGACUGCUUCUUCAGCAUGGUGGCAUACCGUGAGGGCUACACCUUUGACUUCAUUCCUGGCGAAAUGUGGGAGAAGAGCCCCUUUUCCUUCUGGGAUUUCCUGCAGCAGCGCAAGCGCUGGCUGCAAGGCAUCUUUCUUGUGGUUCACAGCAGUGCCAUUCCCUUGCGCCACAAGUUGUUCCUGGCCCUCGCUCUCUAUUCAUGGGCAACGAUUCCACUGAGCACGUCCAACCUUGUCCUUGCAGCCUUUUGGCCCAUCCCUGCCCCCGCGGUGCUCAACUUCCUGUGUGCCUUCGUCGGGGCCAUGAAUUUGUACAUGUACAUCUUUGGUGUCAUCAAGUCCUUCAGCUUGUACCGCAUGGGACCUGUGCGCUUCUUUCUCUGUCUGCUGGGAGCUCUGUCCACCAUACCUUUCAAUGUGGCCAUCGAGAAUGUGGCAGUCCUCUGGGGAUGCUUUGGCAAGAAGCAUCGCUUCUAUGUAGUUUCAAAGCAGCUCGAACGCCCCAUCAAUGUAUGAGCUUUCCAGAUGACCUGGUCUAUCGUGCUUGUUCACGUGUUGUGAGCCUCCUUGUUGCUUUUUUUUUUUACUAAUCUAAGAAGGAUUGUUUUCGUGCACUAAGUUAUUUGUUAUAUGCCGCUUUUAGUGUCGUCUCGACUAGGAUUGCGUGUAAGUGCAACAAGCCAUGCUACAUUGGCAUCCACAGCACUAAAAGCAGGCGCCAAAGAUGCUGGGCUGGCUGGCCAGCCUAUGCACGGCUUGAGUUUAAA